ACCAUAAGAACGGCCGUAGAUAUAUACACAGUGUUGUUUGCAUCUAAAGAACGACGGUCGGUAGUACACACACGAUAGAUACCAUAUAUUAUCAUCCGUGCGAGUACUGCAUUGCCCGGUUGUGUAAAACGUCACGCGUUUUGCCACUUGAUGACGUUUAUGUGUGGAUGUGACGUAGUUCACCAGCAUGGUCGGAAAGUGAGCGAUGGAAAAAGACACCGAAGCCAUUUUACGACGAACAUUGAGUGAUAUAGGCUCCGAAUUAAAACAGAAUGAAGGUUCACCGAUAGUUCUUAACACAGUCUACCUCACGGAUGCAGAGGUUGAAGGAGAAUGUAUCGACUGGCUGCUGCAAUACCUUCGGCAAAAAAAAUUUCCCACGUCCUUGUCAUAUGCUCUUGCAAGAGAGGUUGUGGAUGAAAUUUCCAAGGAAGACAUCUCUGCUUAUCACGAGGAGUGGACUCCAAUCGAUGGGGAAGAGGACCGGGAAAGCAGUGAGAAUGGAUGUAUUGUUAUCAAAGCUGAGAAACUGGCAGUGAUGGCGUUUCAAAAGCUCGCUCAGGUCUGUGAUAGAUGGAAAGAACAAGUGCCAACAUGUCAACAUGAGAAACCGAAUAUAGAUAUAUUCAUGUGUGCAAUCAAAAAUUCUCGCAGGAAGAUGGAGGACAGACACGCAAUCCAGCCGGAAAUCAACCGUUUGUUUAAUCUGAAGGGUCAACCUGUACAGUCGUUCUUCGCCGUCUUUGAUGGUCACAAUGGAACGGAGGCGGCCAAUUACGUUGCGACGCACCUGCACUGCAACGUCGUCCGCCAUCCGGCGUUUAAAGAUGACGUCACGACUGCUCUCAGGGAAGGCUUUCGCGCGACAGACGACGCCUUCUGCGCACGCGCACGCAUGUGUGGUGACAAGAGCGGCACGACGGCGGUGGUGACGGUGCUGCAACCUACGAAGCUGCACGUCGCGUGGUGCGGUGACUCCCAGGUGGCGCUGGUGCGGCGCGAGCAGGUCGUCUCCUGCAUGAAGCAACACAAGCCGGACGAUCCGAUGGAGAGAGAUAGGAUCGAGAAAGAAGGUGGUGCCGUGGUCUGGCUCGGCACAUGGAGGGUGAAUGGCAUGCUUGCUGUCUCCAGAGCAAUCGGUGACGUUGGCCAGAAGCCUUACGUGACCGCUGAACCUGGACUGCAGACGAUUGAACUGGAUGGCACCGAGGACUACAUGGUACUGGCCUGUGACGGACUGUGGGACGUGCUAGAAGUUGAGGACCUAGCAAAACUUGUCAGGGAAUACUUAAUCGAAACGAACGGGGACAAGCACUGCAUCGCCGAGCGGCUUGUCAAGUACGCGCGCAACCAGGGCUCCAGCGACAACAUCACCGUCGUCGUCGUUUUCUUCAACCAUCCGUCGUAGAGGCGCCACGCAGCACGCCCCGUCGUACGCUCGCUCUGUUUCACGAGGUUUGCUUGCUGUGGGCGCGUCACUGGAAGGGAUUGGCCACGCUUCCAUCGAUGCUCCCUGUGUGCAUCGUUGCUGUGGGGGACCUGGAAGAAAGAAGGCGUUCGAGGAGAGGGAAGGUGAUGGAAGGACGGAGAGAGAGAAGCAGAGAGGUGGGGAGGUAUGUGGUGAAAGGAGACA